AUGAACCCAAUGAACAACAACGAUGCCGGUUUGAAUGGAUACCUGCUGAAUUGGAAUAGUAAUAGUAAUGGUGGAUCAUCAUCAUCGCCGUUUGGUCUAUCAUCUGGAGGGUAUCAGCCACAGCCACAGCAACAGCAAGCACAUGCUCAAACACAAGCUCAAACACAAGUAGCGGUACCUGGUAGUGCUGUUCCGUAUCUGAGACAAGUGUUUGUGCCUUCACAGAUCAAAGGAGGCGGAGGAGAAUCAGUGGGACCUGGUUCUACUGGUGCAGUUGCUCCUCCAGCUUCUACUCUGUUCGAUACUCAUUAUGACCAAGCGACUCCGGUGUUCUUACCCCGAAGUGGACUGUUGGCAUUGCCUGGGUUCAAACAAGGGUAUGACCUACAGCAGCCAUUACUCAACCAACAACAACAACAACAACAACAACAAGUGCAACAGCAUCAGCAUCAGCAUCAGCAUCAGCAUCAGCAUCAGCAACAGCAUCAGCAACAGCAUCAGCAACAGCAACAGGUUCAACAGUAUCUCAAUCAACAGACCGAUUUCAGAGGCUUACCACGACAUAUCCAAGGAUACAGGGUGAAUUACGACCCUAAUAGUCAAGUUGCUAAUAGUCAAGUUCAAUUUCCUUCAACAUAUGUGGCUAAUCCCAACUACCCCAAUUUGACCCCCAUGAAUCGCCUAGCCAGUGAAAUAUCUAGAAGAGGGUCACCAUUAGACAGCAUGGAAUCAGCCAGCGAUGCAUCUCCAACCAACGACAUCAAGCCGGAAACAGAUACCGGAGGAGGUCCUACGAGAAAGAAGCAACGCAAGUUUGAUUUUUCACCUUCUGGCGAAGUGGGAGACGACGAGUUGAAGAAGGUUGCUUAUAACUUAAAGGAUGUACCUUUAUCCCAUCUAGCCAUUCAUAUUCGAGCUCUGGAGAAUGAUGAAAAAGCCAUAGCAGCUUUAGGAGAGUUACCGGAGAUCCCUGGCAUUAGAGAGACCAGAAAGGAACGGCAGAAACAAUUAUUGGGGAUGGUUUGGUUAUUAAGUUCUUGUGAGUCUUCUCCGACUGCAGUUGUGCCUCGGAAUAGAAUCUAUGCUCGGUAUGUUUUAGUAUGUGCUGAGAACAGCAUUACUCCCUUAGCACCUGCUAGUUUUGGUAAGCUUGUGAGGUUAUUGUUUCCUAAUAUUGCAACCAGAAGAUUAGGUAUGAGAGGUCAAUCCAAAUAUCAUUACUGUGGUAUUAAGUUGAUCAAUGAUACCACUGCAUCUCAAAGAUUACAUCAUAAUAGUAGUGGAGCAUCACCAUCUCCAGCAGCUGCUGCUGGUGCGUCAACAACAACAACAUUAUCACAGCCAAUACCUCAUCAUCAUCAUUAUAAUGAAUCCCUUGAUAAUACUUCUACGCCUUCGGGGUCUACUGCUGGUGGUCAAUCACCAAUGUCAUCACUUGAAUCUCCUCAUUCACAUACAUUUAAUCCCAUGACUCCAUCAUUCUUAGGGCUGCCAGGAGUUAUGACUUUAAAUACAACACAAGCUUCCAUCUUACAGAUGAACCAGGGAAACAUCUCAACCACUUCUCCCCAUACGGGAUUAUCCACUCCAGCAUCGUUUUUGGUUACCAAUGAAAGUCAGGUGUAUGUUUCUGAUUUGAAAUACAUUCCCAAUUUAUUUGAGUUGAUUAAUAAUUCAUUCAAAUCCGAUGACGCAAAUAAUUUCAGUUUACCUUCAUUAUUCCCUUAUUUACCUAAGGGAGCUGAUUUAGAUCUUGCGGACACCUUAUCGUCACUUUAUAAGGUUUAUUGUGUUUCAAUCUUUGAGUCGUUGCGGUAUAUGAACAUCAAACGGUUAUUUUCCAGUUAUAGUACUUUCAAUAGUAUUUCCACUCCUCCAGUGCUUAAGCUUUAUGUUUCUGAUGAUGUCUAUGAAUGGGUUAAAGCAUGUGAUACCAUCACUUACAAGGCCAUGACAAAAAUGCUUACAAAAUUGAAUUCCAAUGGAAAUGGUAAUGUUCCAAGUGAAGUCCUUGACCAAUUAAGGAAAGUCGGUGAUGAAUAUUUGGAUUAUUUGAAGAUCAGUUUAAUUAAUAAAGUCCCCAAUAAAUUGCUUGUGAUGAAAUUGCAAUUGGCCAAAAAGUUUGUUUCAAAUCUAUCUCGAACAGUUCGAGUUAUAGAAUCUAGUAUUUUGGUAACCAGAAUCUUGGAGGAUCCAAUGACUAUUGAAAUCAUGGCCAAUGAUUGGAAGAAAUUGAAUUUCAAUCAACUUGUUCAAUCGGAAAUCUUUUGUUCUCGAAUGAAUAUUGAAGUCCUUCUUAACAUAUUAAGAGAAAUUGAUCCUGUGGAAUUAUUAUCGAAUAAAGAGAAUAGCAAAGAUGUUGAUGAUACUAGCUGCAACAAAGAGAGUACUACCACCACCACCACCAUAGACAAACCACUAUCCAAUCUUGAGUCCUUCCUAAUGGCAUUACCUGAAAAGUUUACUCGAGUUAAUCCUCGAUUAUUUUUAUUAGUAACUUCCAGUUUCUUAACUGCUUGUUUGAGAGAAAUCAACCGAUCUGAAAGUUAUGAUUCAAUCUCCCAUUCCAAAUCAUUCUUGCAUUGGUGGACUCUUCAUUGUUGGAUCGAUGAAUAUUUGCAUUGGGUCUUUGAAUUGAGUGGAUAUUUAUUUGAUGAUUUCCAAGAUUAUGCUUCCCAAAUGACCAUCUCCAAAAAUGCUUACCCCACAGCUGUAACCACCACUAACACAGCCACAAGAAGUGCCACUCCUCGCACCAAGAAUGGGAACAACGACGCCAGCGUUAAGUUGGAAAUCGACUAUUCAUCAUUGAAUCUUGAAUCCAUUAGAAGCAAAAGCAUAGUUGAUCUACUCGACGGUGGGUAUGGAACGGAUCAACAACAACAGCAACAGCAGUCGUCAAUCAUGCAAUACGAAAAUGUCGAUGAAAUCUUGGGACACCACUAG